AUGUGGAUGAACUCUGAUACAUUUAAGAACAUUAUGGUGUUCUUCGGCAUCAUGGAUGUGGUCCUUCAAUAUGAGACAGAUGAAAUUAUGGAUCGUGUCAAAGGCGGUUGGUUGGAGGUAAGAGGACGGCUGAUGCCAGUGCCUGUGUCUUGCGACGAGCGAGACGUAAGGGAGCUUGGAGUUGGGUCAUGGCAAUUACACGUCGACCGAACGAAAUUCACUAAUCCAGUGACAAUCCGGAGCUGUACCCCAGAGCAAGCGGAGUUAUAUGCCAGCAUUGAGGUUCCUACAUCCGACGCUGGACACUUCCCUUACGACAAUGCUAAAGGCCGUCUUCAUUACAUGCCAACAGCAAACCACGAAGACUUUAUGGCAGAAGCAUUGAAGCUGCGUAUCGUAGAUCCGGAGAGCGGGAUCUUUAAGAGAAUUGGUGUGGUAAAUGAAGUAGUGAUUCCGCACCAAGUGGACAAGACACCACUGCUGCUGGCGCAGGGAAAGGAGAUUAUGAAAGCAAAACCUGUCCAGCCUUAA